ACGUCACAAACUUCGUGCGAGUAUCACGAAAACACACGCUCAAACAGGCCGGCAGUGUUCUAUUCGUAGUGUUUUACAACCGUCCAAAUUGUGCGAGAACAAAAGGUACGAUCGUUUUGCUUUUAAUUUGUUGAAAUUUAUCGAGUGAAGUAGAAUUUUUUACUAUUUCCACGGGCUGAUAAAGUUCGUGAGGUCUGUCACCCACGAUAUAAGUAUCGGUGGGAAUUAAAGUGACUGCUAUGGUUGUUCUUUGCAUGCUAAAUCGCGGUUUUACGGAUUAAGUUUUCUUGUCGAUACUUAGAACGUUUGCGGGCUAGCCUGGCACCUCUGUGGGUUUGUGGGCUCAUGACGUGUGGAAGUAAGUCGAUGUGAAUUUUAUUUUUCAGUGUCCGGCGAUGUGAUUAAUUGCUUCUAGCUCGCUGCUGGCGCGACGUUCUCAAUCUCCAUAAUACAUGAAGCGAUGCACAAAUCGCCUGUUUAUACUACUUUAAACUUGGGUGUCCCACAAAUGAUUGUCUUUAAAUAGAUGCCGAUUCGCCACUGAGGUAAGUUGCCUGCUAUUUUGCUCUGGUGACUGGUAUAUCAGUCGUUUCGUUAGUUAGGAAAAUGCUGUUUGAGGCAAAUAGAUUCGUUUUAAUCGGUUAAGUGAAUCUGCGAUGGAGUGCGUUUUUCUGCUGUGUAAUUUCUUAAUGAUUCCAAGCGGUACACGAUGGAUGUCCCGUUGGCCGAAUUACUCUUUCUGUUUUGUCGAAGAUAUGCCGCAUUCACUGCUGAACUUAAUGAACUAGAACGUUAACACACUGAAGUGAAUUGUGCGGAAUUGUAAGCGAGUAUUAUUGAAGCAAGAGAACUGUUCCUCAUUUGCAUAGUCCUUAAUCCGACAGAGCAGUAUGAGCUUGCUUUGUUAUGACGUUAUUUGCGAAAAGAUUAUCAGAGACUGCUGAGCAUUGGUAGUUUGAAUUCGAAAUCUCGCUAGGGAAACGCUUUUGUCGCUUUGCGCUGACUGAGUCUAUUUUUUCUUCACCAUAUCAUUGAGAAUCAUGUACGAAACAUUUACUCGAUUGGAUCACUGUGUACAGCUGCACAGCUGCUGUUUUUCUAUGUUGGGUUAAUGCUAUUAUAGUUGGGCAACUUAUUUUCUCAGCCCUUGGUUUUUCAUACUCUAGAAUUUAAUUUUCGACACGAGGUUUGGCGAAGUCGCCCUGUGGGCAUGAAUAGAUCUUUUUGUAGCCAGAAAUUCAUGAACAAAAGUGAACGAUGUUCGAAACUUGUCAAGUUACGUUUGUGGACCCGUAAGUGAUUAUGAAAAGUGAACAAGUGUGACGUUACGUUUUCGAGUUCGAAAAUUUUCAUCUUCUAGGGAGUGUGUGGCAGGAGUUUGUUUUACAUAAUGCACACCCACUUUCCUCUCUCGAGGCAUUGUGCACUCCAUUUUGUUUUUGAAGCACUUUUUAUGUUUUCAUAACGUUCAAGAACUAGAACUGUCAUCAACGUUUCACCACAUUUUCUUCACUUAUUGACAACCUGGUUUUAUCUUAUCGAUGAAUCUCUAGUGUAGAACUUACCACUAGUAAUCUACGGAUUUAUUAGUGAGUAAACUCUUUGAAAUUCGAAGAAUAUCUUUGUAUUUAAAAUUCUAAGCACAACUGAGUUACCUCAGUCUUUAGAUUAAAAUCAGUGUGAAGAGGGUAAACGAUAUGCCUACUCAGCGAAAAAACUUAAGUGGUGCAGUUUUGAACACUAAGAGAAUUUCCCACUAUAGCUAAAUCCCUCUGAAAAGGAAAAGUUAUACAGCCAAUUGAAUUUGCAUUUCAUUUUCGAGUGCAUUGUUGUUAACUUCCCCUCAAAUCUACUUACUUAGCAAACCAAACUGAAAAUUUUCAUCCUGUUUCACCAUGCAUUUUCUCUAAGCUGCUUAAGGGAAUCAGUACUUAGAGAUAACAUUUGAAUCUGACACCUCCUGAAGUUUGACUGCAAACACAGGAUCAACAAGCAGAACAUUUCUUUUUAAUUAUAGUUUGGUGAAGUGAGCGCGAGCAAUUGUCACGAUAGCCGCCAAGAUUAAACCAUUGAAACCUUUUGUUUGUUUUAUUACCAUGGAAACAUUGAAUUGGCAUCAAGAAAUAUACAAUUUUUGACAGUCUGAGUUUUUUUAGUGGUAUUGCAACAUCAUUGAUCAUGAUUCAAUCUUCUACUGAUACUGAAACAUUUUUAGCUGUUUUUGUCUUUGUUACCAAGCAUCUUGUUUUGCAAGAUUGUUGAGAAUGUUAUAGCCAAUUUAGGAGGUGAAGACGCUCAAUGGGUGUAAGAAAAAUUAAACAUGUAGUAAAUUGGAGCUGAUUCAAAAAAAGUACAGAACAUCCAUUUUUCUUAUUCUGUUCACAUGCAUGACGCUGAUCUUAUAUCAUGCAGGACAGGUGUCACAUAUGACUUGGGGGCAUUGCUAUUUAUUCAAGCUUGGUUAGCUUAGGUUGUAGAGCGUGGGAUUGCUGUAUAAAAGCUCAAGGGUUCGAGCCGUAGACCUGCCAACACUCAGGAUCUUAAAAUACCUAAUUGAGAAAAAUUUGCAGCCUUUGGUAUGACAUCUUUAAAAGUUUUGAUGUUCUAGUCUUCUGGGAUAAGGACAGUAAACCAUACAUGUAGGUCCUGUCUUUCACAUCUUUUCUUUAAAAGUUAGUAGGGAAUGUUAAAGAACCCAUGCGCCUCUCGCACAGAGUUGGAAAUGUACUUCCCACUGUUGUGGUCUGGCUUUGGUUCCAAAAAUUCCAAAAUUGGGAGCACCUGCAAAGUUUCCUUUGAAAGAUUGGUUACUACUGCUUAAUGUGGUUAGGCCAAAGUCCCCCGCAAAGUGUUAUAAAGGGCAUUAAAGGAUAUUUAUAUGGACAAUGUACUUUAUAAAUAUUUUUUAAUCAUUAGUGCAUAACUUAAGGUCAUAAAAAUUUAAUACCAAAAAAUUAAAAGAUGAAAUUUGAUAAGUUCAGAUCGCUAGAAUUUCUGCACAUGAUGUUGAAAGCAGUCAUAUGAUUAAAAGUAUGACAGAGUGCUUAUCUGCAUUAAUUUUAUAUUAUGCCCUUUACCAGAAUUGAAUGUAUCUCAAUUUGGUUGCCAAAUUAGUGCUUUAAUUGAAAACUUGACUGAUUGUAUUAUCAAUAGGUAUAAUUCCCAUGAAGUUUUGCAGAAAAACCACAGGAACUCCCACCCAUUUGGUGCACUUUGCUUUAUGUUACCAGAAGAGGCAGAAAUGCUUUAGCCAUCAUUUUUGUGAUGAAGAAAGUAGUGCAUGCAGUACUUAAGUAUGUACUAAAAAAGUGGUUAUUGUUGAAGGCACACCCUGAUUGGCUACCCAAAUUCCAAAUAUCUUUUUCUAUUCAUCUCUGAGCAACACACUUGGGAUUUCCUUGGAAAUGUUAUUAUUGUUGUAGGAAUAAAUGGGUUAAAAUUAUCUUUUUGUGCUAUAUUAUCUCACCUUUUUUGUGUGAACAAUUUACCUCAGUGUUGGUGGGUUGCAGUGGAUCUUUACCUCACCACUUUGUGGCUAGGUUGAUAUAUACCACAAGCCACCUUCACUUCAGUGAAAAGUUCAUAAUUAUGACAGCUUUUAGCAAGAUUGCUUUCUUCAUUUUUGGCAUAGUUCAUUUUUUCAUUUGAUAUCAUUUCAGCACAGGACUAAAUGUGGGAAAGAUCCAGAGUCAACUGAUUUAGCUUUAAGUGCUGCGAUUUUCUUUGACUUUUGUUACUUCCUACAGUGAUUUUUUUUUAGGUGAUCUAUUUGUGGCCCAUACUUUUAAUUCUUAAGUAAUUAGGUAUUGGAUUGAUGUGGGCUCAGAUGGGUCAUCUUAUCCAGUUAAGAUAUUCAUUAUUUUCAACUUGGCCACAAUCAGUGAUCAUUUGUUGAUUUUACAAGUCACCUUCCCUUUCCAACUGCAGUGUCAGCUAUUCUCAUGGACAUUCCUAUAAGUGGAAUGCUCUUCAAAGAAUUACUUAAAAGAAAAAAAAGACCACCUAGAACUCCUGUGAAUACUUGCUAUAUUUGGUAACAAUUUCUCUAAGUGGCCAUUUCAAAGAGACACUUUACAGAUGUGUUUGUUACACAAUCAUGUUUUUUAAGCUGCCAUAAGCAGAUCAGCACCUAAAAGGAAAUCCCAUUACUUCAGAUUGUGUGAAUCUUGUUUUAAUCAAUUAACCCCUCAUAACUUUUGGUAAUGGUGGUCGCCUGUCCCGUAGGUGGUCACACAUCCUGACGGCCUUUUUUGUAUUCUCUUUUGUCACCUGGUUUGAUCAGUCACAUGAAGCGGUUCCAUGCAAAGAGAACUAAGUCAGAAUAAUCUCUCAAGUUAAAUCGUUGUUUCAUUUACCUUCCAACUUGGAGGUCAAUUGUCUUUAAUGCAUAGCAGAUUAUCUUUCUUCUUAGGGCAAUAAUUGCGCAUGAACAUCGUGCAAGUUAUUUUCUAGUUAAUGACCUAGAUUGUUCAAAAAUUUGAUUACAGUUUAUCACAUAAAGUAAUUCUACUUUAUUGCUCAGUUUUUACAUCGCACCACCAUUUCGUUGGUGCUGAUUAUUAUGAGCAGUCAAUGCACUUUCGAGCAAGGUUUUGAAUAAACUGGACAUUGAUUGAUCUAUUAAGUAUGACCUAAAAUGGCAUUUUUUAUUGUGUUUGACUCCUUUUCUUUGGAACUGGUGUUAAGCUGGUAACCUGUAAUGCAUUAAGCAGUCACCCUACCAUUCUGCAUGGACGAUCGCUUAAUACAGGUUGAAAUGUAUAUCCUUUUAUUUCCACAGCAUUAACAAAGUAUUGUAUUUUUUAGGAUUGUUGAUUUUGCAAGAACCAAGAAUUCAUCUGUUUCACCAUUGGGUGGUCUUGGCGAAAGCCUCGCCCCUUGUGGGCUAAUAUUAUGGGAUGUUCUGCUGGUAAGCAUAUGACCACAAGUCCAGAAGUCAGCUCCAGUUCCCACUCAGCAAAAGAGAAUGGUUGCUCAGUACAUACACCUGGUGAGAAUUGUAGGAAUGUUUAAUACAGUGUCUUUUUUGACAGCAAAGACAGCUUUAAUUACAGGUUCUUUUUACUUCAUCUCAAGGGUGUUCAGUGUUUGCCAGAGGAGAAUUAUAUUAAAAAUUAAUAUAAACCAGGUUUUCAAUUGGAAAUUCAAUUGCAGAUGAAUUGUGUAAAUUUACAGUGGAGACUGCCAUCCAGGUUUAGAUACUGUUGUGUAAAAGACAUCAACACAUUUUUUACUGAACCAUUGUACUGGUAAUUCAGUUUCACAUAUUGUUUGUUGGUAUUCAUUACAGAUGUUCCAAGACACUCACUUGAAAGCAGUGCACUAAAAAACAGCAGAAAAGAUUCAUCUAAUAGUAUCACCUCAGUCAAAGAGCCUGAUAUUCCAGAACCAAAAAAUGACAGGUCCUCAGUAAUCAAGGAUAAGGUAACAGACUUGUUGGGCCAGUCAUUUAAACAAAGUUUAGCCAAUGUCUAACAAAACCUUGUUCUAUCCAUAUUCAAUUUAGACUAACCUGUUAUCUGAACAUUUAUUUUGUUAACAGUGUUAGGAGGGCCAAAAGCUAAUAGUAGAGAGACAUUUUAUAUGAUUGAAUCAACCCUCUAAUGAGAAUACCUGAGGCCCACAACUUGGGGAAAACUGCAGUUUGGGUUAGACCUUUGGUAAAUAGCUGGCUCAUGGCGUUUUGUUGAAAGUUGUAUUUUAUGCAAUGGAAAGUUGAUCAUUUUUAAUAGUUUGAAUUGACCACAGAUGGAGUGAUUAAUUAAAUUGGGUAGUUUGUUGAUAUAGAAAAGUACUAUAGCUGGUAUAAGGGUGGAAAAAGAUAUUAGUUAUAGUUGCCAUACAUUUAUAUGAUUAGCCGUUUUUACCAAUCUCAAUCAAUUCAUUAAUUUAUUUUCAGAAUCAGGAUGUAAUCCCUAGAAGAAAACCUACCCCAAUAAGGUAGAGCAGUUGGAAACCUUCCUUACAUUUUCCUCUCAGAUGAUAAAUAUUCUCAAAUGUAAAAAGUUUUUUUUUUCUAAAAUAAGGGAGUCAACACUCAGGAUAGACAAUUUUUGCUUUUUGCUGUGUAAUUUAUUGUCAGGUGUAUGAGAUUCAUAAAUUGUCCUUGGUGUUAACUUGCAAAUAGUUGUGCAGUAUUGAACUGUAUUUAUUUAAACCAUCUUGCUGACAGGGGAUGUUGAUUAAGUUUACAGACGAUCUCUUUCUGUACAUAUUAGUUAUGAUACUAGGGGUAACUAAGAUGUUCUGAAAACAAUCUUAAAAGGACCUUGACCUGAAACAUUUUGAUGUAUUUUUAGGACAAAUGACAACCACUGUGCUGCCCCAAAGUCUGCUCCAGUCAGUCAAGUCAGAAUGUAAGACUUGUAGAUCAAAUUGAUUAGUUGUAAGGGUGUAUGGAAAAAAGCCGUAAGUGAAUUCUGACAGCCUGCAAGAUUCUCCUCCCCAAAUGUCUUACAUUCCUUUGUAGAACACAAGGAAAAUUUUAGGUUGCAUCAAGAGUCACUCUGGUUUUUUUUCCAUAUAUCCUUGUAUUUAGAUCAGCUCUGCUUAAAUAAUAUUAUUUUAGGGAAAUGGAGCAUUAUGAUAGUGGUCUAUGGCCCAGCUUUGACUCAUGUACUUUGCGUAAUCGUAUCUUUUUGGGUUGUCACUCUUGGUCCUCUGUGACCAAUAGGCCAUUUUUUAUAUAUUAAAAAUUCUAACAUGGCACCCAGACUAGGGGGAAUUAAAACAAAAGAAAUUAAUUGUUCAUCCCUUUUUUUAAUUCCCAAAGCCUCAGAGCCAAGUUUUAAUUUUAUUACAUUGAAAAUGGCCUAUUGGGUUUGUUCAGGAUCUGUAGAUUUCCUCCCUUCACCAACAUUCUAAUACCAUUUGGACUUAGAAACAGUGGAUGUGCAACCAACCAAUGCCUGUGCCAAGAGCUGCUCAAACCCAAGUUAUUGUUUGGAUUUGCUUUUCUUUAUUUAGUGGUGCUAUGAUUUGAAUAACAGUGUCUUUGAAUUAUAUGUUUUGACACUAGUUGUGUCAUGAUUUAACUGAUAAGAAGUUUAGAUUAAAUUGGUGUUUUCUUGUCAGUCAUAAAUAAGGAUUCUUUUGGGUGGUUUUCUAAAUAACUUAUUUUUCCCUUUGUUUGCCCAUGUGGUAUCUAAAAGAAGCAAUGAUAAUAAUAAUAAAAAUAAUAAUGAUGAUAAUGAUAAUGAUAAUAACAAUCAAUACUUGUAUAGCACCUAUACAGCAUUAGGUGCUUCAAAAAUUUGAGAAUUCAAUUAAAACUAAAUCAAUAUUUAAACAAAAUUAAAAUGGCUAUGUAAAAAGCUUAAAUUCAAAGGUAUUAAAAUUAUCACAUAAACGCAUGAUAUCAGGCAAAGAGUUGCAGGGUUUGGGGACAGAAACAGCAAAGGUUCUAGACCCAUAGGACUUAGACACAUUGUAGAGUAUCACUGAUGUGAGUGUGAGUUUUCAUGUUAUUUUAUAAUCCCUGUUUUUUUUUUCUCCAUUAGGCAAAUGACAAAGUCUCAACUGGAGUUUUUCAAAAUGCUUGAUCAAAAAAUUGCAGAGGUUUGUUUUCAUACUAAGUCAGUUGAUCAGUCAAUGAAAUGUAAUUCAUGUUUGAGGUUUUAUUAAUCACUGAUGUUGUCUGUACAACAUUUUAUUAAUAAUUUUUCUCAGUUAUUUUGUCUUAUUCUGUCAAUAAAAAAAUGGGAGCAACUUGGAGGAGAAGCAUUUAGUGUCAGGACAGGCAUCCAAAGUAAUACAUCUGCCUAAAACUCAACUCUCUAAAAUGGUCCACAAGUCAUAUUUUCAAGCUGAAUUUGGUCAACCCCAAGCUAAUUAACCUUAUUAUUUUCUUGAUGCUUAAUGGUAGCUUUGAAGAGGUAGCUAAAUUUGAUUAGCUAUUAGCAUUUAGUGCUUUGUUUGCAUUGGCUGUUUCAAAUUUUGAUUUAACUGUCAGAUUGCUAGGACUCUGUAAUUUGAGAGUUGAGUUUAGACAGUAUGGUUUUGCUCAUAAUGUUACUGACACAAUUAGUGACUUACUUUGAGAAUGAAAAUUGUAUAUAUUUUUUUCCUUUUUCUCCUAAGGGGCCAGACUAUGUUUCAGAAGCUGAAAGCUGACAAUACAUUGGAGAAUAAGUCUUGAACUAGUAAAUUCCUGAAAAAAAAACAGUUAGAAGUUUACAAACUAGAUCCCAACAGAGAUGAUAAAUUCUGCAUUCCAUCAGCAUGUGGCACCAGCUUUUGCUUUGUGUGGAGGAUAUUUAUCACACAAUCUUCUGGGUCAGUCUGUGGGCAUAUUUUCAAAGGUUGCUUAAAGCUGGACCCAUAAAAAAGAUGAUGUUAUAGUCUAAGGGUCAGAUGCAAGUCAUCCACACGGACUUGUAACAAUAUGAAAUGCCACCAAAUAAUAUUACCUAUGAAGGUUGAACUUAGCACUCAAAUAGACUGAAGCUAACAAGGGAACAGAUAUGUCAAUUAAUUGACUUUUUGGAACCGGUAGAAUGUUGAUGUAGUGGGAUUAAGAUUUAAGUUUCUCCACUCUGUAUCAUGCCCCUACCCCCCUCCCUCUUUUCUGCAACCGUUGCUGGUGGGCUUUGUUUGCCCUUACACUUCUCAGUCUGACAAAACCUUAUUUCAUGCAUAUGGAGUUAAUGUCCCCUCCUUCUCUCUCUGUGGUAAAGCGAGGAUGCUUUGAAUAGUUCCCAGACAAUGUCAGAGUUGUUUUAAAUGAUGUAUCAUUCUAUAUUGGUAUAGGCCAUUCGUUUUCUUUUCAAAUGGGUAAUCCUUAAACAGUCAGUUCGCACAGACAACAAGUGUUGUAUUUAUAAAGUAUUUAAUACCUAAAUGUCUUGCUUUCAUGAGGCCUACAUAAUUUAAUUUGAAGUUAAUUGGUGUGGAAUUGAGUAUUCCCUUUCCCUUUGGGGACUACUAAUACGUGACUGCGAACAAAGACCGGGGAAAUGGCGGUCUUUAAAUUUAUGCUGUGCGACGGAAUAAAAUUUAAAUGCAAGUCAAGUGUUCUGUGGACCUCCAGUGUGACCUGAUUAAAAAAGUACUGAGAGUAGCGAAAGGUUUAAUACCUAAUGACUCUUUGAAGAGCUAUCUGGUCAGAGCGUCUUUUCUGCUUGUCAUUGGGGAAAACACACAAGAUUAUAACAAGGGCAUCAACAUUCAAAUGUUUUAUAUAUAAAAAAAAGUCAGUCUAAUGGAUAACAAAGAGAGUUCGAGGUAGCAAUUCACGAGAUUUGCUCCUCUUUGAAAACUACUUAAAAUACUAUUUCCGUAAAUAUUAAGUCACUUUCCGUGGCCACCUUUAAUGGCUGCAGCGAAGUAAUUUCGUCCACCAAGUUAAAAAUUUGUAAUUUUGGUUCUCGUAGGGUUCAAGUUGGGCGUGUUUGGUAGACAGCGCC